AGUUCCCAAUGCUGGAGAAGUUACAUAUAGGGGAUAACAAUUUCACGGGUCCCAUUCCCUUCAAUUUAAGUGGUCUUCAAAACCUAAGGGAACUCUACUUAAAUAAGAACUCUCUCAGUGGGGUAAUACCUCCAUCCUUGUUUACUCUUAUGUCAUUGGAACAUUUAGACUUGAGUUCCAAUCAUUUAACUGGUCAAAUUCCUGAGUUCCAGCAUCGUUUACCAUUGGACACCAUUGACUUGAGUGACAAUAAACUUCGUGGCCCCAUUCCACAGUCAAUUUCCACUCUUGUAAAUCUGGCCGAGCUUUAUCUUGCAUCAAAUGAUCUGAGUGCGGUCGCCAGAAGCAAUGGCAACAAUACCCUUCCUAACCUUAGGAAUUUCCGUAUGUCAUCUUGCAACAUCGAGGUGUUCCCUUAUUUCUUAAGAGCCUCAGAGAAUCUUGUAGAGCUAGAUCUUUCUCAAAACAGAAUUCAUGGACAGAUUCCAAAUUGGGUUGGGUUCAUCGGAAAGGCUUCAUUGCUGUAUUUGAAUCUUUCACACAACUUUCUAACAGGCAUAAACAAACUUCCUUGGGAACACCUAAAUACUCUUGAUCUUCGUUCCAAUUUGCUUCAAGGACCACUUCUCAUUCCACCCCCCUCUAUACUGUACUUUUUGAUGUCAAACAAUAGUCUUUAUGGAGAGAUUUCUUCAUCGGUUUGCAAUGCGAGUUCCCUUCAAAUGCUUGAUUUGUCUCACAAUAAAUUGAGCGGUGAGGUUCCACAAUGUUUGGGUAAUUCUAGUAGUUUUCUCGAGGUGUUAAGUCUGCGCUCCAAUGGAUUUAAGGGAACCCUUCCCUUGACAUUUGAAAAGCCCAGCCAGUUACGAAGUCUUGAUUUGAGUGAAAAUCAUUUUGAAGGACCACUUCCAAGAUCUUUGGUAAAUUGUAGAAGCUUGGAAGUUCUAAACGUCGGAAACAACAAGGUUAAUGAUACAUUUCCAAAUUGGUUGGGGAUUCUUCCUGAGUUACAGGUUCUUGUCGUACGAUCCAACCAAUUUCAUGGUCCAAUAAACACUAUAAUGAGUGAAUUUUCCUUUCCUAAGCUUCGAAUUGUUGACCUCUCCUAUAAUGAGUUCACUGGCCAUUUGCCAACGAGGUACUUCGAAAAUUUCCAAGCUAUGAAGAACAAAACUAUGCCGGACAAACAAUACAUGAGUGGGGAGAGUAGUUAUUAUCAUGAUUCUAUCGAAGUGACAAUAAAGGGGCUUGAGAUCGAAUUGGUGAGAAUUUUGACUAUCUUCACAACAAUCGACUUUUCAUCCAACAAUUUUAGUGGAGAAAUUCCAAAUGUAGUUGGAAAGCUCUAUUCCCUCAAAGUGCUUAAUUUUUCUCAUAAUAGUCUUACAGGCUAUAUUCCUGAAGCUUUGGGAGACUUGACGAGCCUUGAAUCGUUAGACAUCUCUUCUAACCACCUCACCGGCAGAAUUCCAAGCCAAUUAACAAGUUUGACAUUUCUUGCAGUCUUGAACCUUUCGUUCAACCAUCUCCAUGGACCCAUACCCUAUGGUCGACAAUUUAAUACAUUUGAGAAUGGUUCAUAUGCUGGGAACUUAGGAUUAUGUGGGUUUCCAUUGUCGAAGGGAUGUGGAGAUAAUCAAACACAAGUACAGCCACCGGUGUUCCAACAUGAGGAAGAUGAUUCAGGUUUGGAUGGAUUUACUUGGAAAAUUGUGGUGAUAGGGUAUGGGUGUGGAAUGACACUGGGACUCUUUCUAGGAUCUCUCAUGUUCUUAAUUGGUAGACCUAGAUUCUUUGUCAAACUUGCUGAAAGAAAGUUGCCUAAGAAGGUGAUAAGAUUGAGGAGAACGGUUGCAGACAUAGUGGUUAGAAGAAACUAGCAAACAUUGAUCGCAUUGUCAGUGAAAGAUGGAGAAAACUCUUAUGGCUACUUGAGAUAAUGUUGGAGUAAUGGAUGAGAAGAUGAGCAAGAAAAUGACGAGUCUGAGCCACAUUUCAUAUUUUUGUUUUAAAACUUCUCGUAGUAUAAACUAUAAACUAGAGUGGGUGUUGGCUUAGGUGACUAGCUAGUGGUUGUUUGGUCAUCAACAAUUUAGCAGAAUGUAUUCCUUUCGUAUGCUCUUUCCACAGUUUUGUGGAUUUUACUUUUGAUAAACAAGUUUUGGGGCGGAGAUGGAGGGUACUAAUAAUUCACCAUCAACAAUCAGGUUGAGUACAGGGAUGGGAGAUAGAUUCCGGGAUUGAGGACAGAGAUUGUGAUACCCAGCCGUGUCUCGACAUUGCCAACCCUAGUUUUGUUAUGUCCAUUUGUUUCAUCCUAUUCCGUUGAAUCCGUUCACCAUUGAUUGCUAGCAUAACUCCAUGGGCAAUCAUAGAGAGCCACUUGUGUACGGUUUCCAUGACACAGAUGCUUGAGAUAUAUAUGCAUGAUUCAAAAACUGAAAUUUCACUCGUCGUCUCUUUGGCUACUCUUUGGCUGCAGGGUCGAGUGACUCAAGCUGAACAUGGACCGAGCUCUCUAUGACUCUCUGUUUAUUUAACAGGGAGAGAAAAAUUUAGGAAUGAAUUGCAUCCAUUUUAUCUUGCGAUCGAAAACCAAACGUCUUGACCAUUUUGCACGGGCUACCUAAGGCCUUUGGAGAGGAGAUCUAUGCCGUGAAGAGUGCUCGUCCAAGCUCAUGAAGCAUUAGUGCCCUUCAAGAGCCUUGCCCUUUAUGCUUGAGGGUUCAUAAGUAAUCUCCAACCUUGCCAAGCAAGAAGAGCCUCAUUAAAGUCUCAGAAUUACGGAAACUCAUACCCCUUUUAAUAUCGAUUAAUAAAUUACGGAAACUCAUACCCCCUUUUAAUAUCGAUACUGACAUGCGACAUGAGAACGUACUCCGAUACUUAAAUUAGUGGUGGUUUAUGAUUUUGUAU